CCAAGGUGUUAUAAAAGGCGUGCCCAAUGAUUUGGAGCUGGAACCCAGAUUUUUAGGGCAGAGGGGAGCGAGUGAUGGGGAUGCUCAAGCUCAUCCUCGCGGAUGCCGCCAUCUCCUUCUUGUGGGUGUUUUGCACGUCGUGCAUCGGCGCCGCGACCGAGAUUAUCGCGUCGUGCGCGGGCGUGGAGGGCGAUCGCAAGUUUUACAUCGUCUUUGGCCUCAUCGCGCUGCUCAUCGUCGUCUUCUCGGCUCUGGCCCAGGCGAUUGGAGGCGCGAGCUGGAAUCCAACCGCGGUGCUCGCCUUCUCGGGCGUGGGAGUGGGCGAUUCAAUCUUCAAUCUGGCGCUCCGGAUCCCCGCGCAGGCUGUGGGAUCUGCCGCUGGAGCUCUGGCGAUUUUCGAGCUGAUGCCGUCGAGUUUCAAAAGAACUCUAGGGGGCCCAAGCCUCAAGGUGGAUUUGCGAACGGGGGCGAUCGCCGAGGGGCUGCUCUCGUUCAUAAUGUCGUUCGUGGUUUUGUGGGCGGUGUUGCGAGGCCCCAGGAACGCUGCUCUCAAGUCAGGGAUCAUCAUCUCCACCACCAUCGCGCUCAUCGUGCUGGGCUCGGGAUACACUGGCCCAGCCAUGAAUCCUGCCAAUGCGUUUGCGUGGGCGUACGUGAACAAGAGCCACAACACCAACGAGCACUUGUAUGUUUACUGGCUAACUCCAUUGCUGGGCUCGCUGGCCGCGUCCAUGGUUUUCAAGCGGAUGUUCGCUCUCGGGCAAAACAAAGAGAAGACGGCCUAGAUAAACAAACUGGCCAUCUUUCUUUCUUUCUCACACAUCCAUUUAUUAUUAUACUCUCUUUUUACUUCCUCACCA